GAAGUUCGAAUCGUCAACAAGUGUCUGGUCAGCUCUCAACUUUUGUUAGCCUCACAGCAGGAGAUAGUAAUUGAUACACAUCUUCUGUAAACACCAUCUCGCAUCUUAUCCUUAACCCUUAUCGUGUUUGAAAUACAUCACCAUUUAUUUUCUUUUGGACUGUACGUGAAAUAUUCGGGAUUUUAGUUAAGUUUUCGAGACGCAAUUUAAAGUUUUGAUUUCUUCUAUUGGAGUGUACAUCAUGGAUGUUUUUACGGAAUUUGUUCGUCAUCUUCUUCUGAUCGUCGUCCUCCUCGCCAACGUGCCCGUCUUUCAAGCAAUCAUAUGGUCACCAGCAAGCAACGUUCUUCUAGCGGGAUCCAAGAGGCACAUCACAUAUAUCGACAGCGUGUCUGCUGGUAUCCAGAAUGCUGUAAAGGAGUGUCAGUUCCAGUUCAAAUGGGAUAAGUGGAAUUGUCCUGAAGUCUCCGUCUUCACAAACACUCAAGCUAAUGUGAGAUGUGUUCAUUCAAGCCAUCGCGUCUGCGGGGUCAUGUAUUCACUUACUAAGAACUGCAGUCAGGGGGCUUUUGAUGACUGCGGAUGUGAUAAGAGACGAAACGGAAAUAGUGGUGGUGAGGGCUGGACUUGGGGCGGCUGCAGCGACAAUGUACGAUUCGGUGAACGAAUGGCGAGCGAUAUCAUGGACGACGCAGAGAGUUCACAGGGCGCCAUCUCCGUUAUGACUCUACAUAACAACGAGGCUGGCAGAAAGGCUGUCAAACAGACCCUCCAACGAACCUGUAAGUGUCAUGGCGUCUCCGGCUCCUGCUCUCUACAGACCUGCUGGAACCACGUCGCAAACUUCCGUGUCAUCGGGGACGAGAUCAAGCGCAAGUACUUCCAGGCCGUACGCGUCGACUUCGUUCGUGGGAAACUCAUCGACGGCAACAGCGCUGAAGAUCGCUUCCCUCAAGCCGUAGUGAGCGCAUCGCACAACCGUCGCGACCUCGUUUUCCUGGACCAGUCCCCCGACUACUGCCGUGCCAACCUCACCAUCGGUGUCACCGGGACUGCGGGCAGGGAGUGCAUGGUGCGAGAGGAUGUCACCGAGGUAUCAUCAUCGUCAUCAUUGACCAAGGAUUCGACGUCGCCUUCAUCGUUCCGAUGGGUGAAGCAGAGCUGUAGCAGACUGUGUAGGAGCUGCGGGAUGGUGAUCCGUAAGACUCAAGUCGUCAUUACGUCCAGCUGCAACUGCAACUUCGUUUGGUGUUGUCAGGUGAAGUGCGACACCUGUCGGCGAACUGUGACCAGGCGGACGUGCCAGCCCGUUGGAUCGAGGCUGUAGGUCCCAAAUAUCUUUGAACUCUGAGGAAGAUGAACUUUUUAAUGUCCACUAAGUUGGAUGCUUUGUCUAUGCUAUGACUACUCACAUUAAGACUGUGUACAGAACACCAGCCUUGUAUAAAUACAGUCUCUCUCUCUUUUAAAAGGAC